AUGCUUCAAGUAAGCAUUGUCCUUGUCCUAGCCUGCCUUUGGACCACUUCGUUCGCUGGUGAUGUCGGGGAUCCACUUCUCGUGGAGCUUCCCAUUGGCCAGUUGCGGGGACGCGAUAAUGGAAACUACUACAGCUACGAGUCCAUUCCCUAUGCAGAGCCGCCCACAGGAGAUCUCCGCUUCGAGGCUCCGGAACCCUAUAAGCGCCAAUGGACAGAUACCUUUGAUGCCACAAAGCCACCUGUACUAUGCCUUCAAUGGGAUCAAUUCACUCCUGGGGAUAACAAGCUAGUGGGAGAGGAGGACUGCCUCACAGUAAGCAUCUACAAGCCAAAGAACUCGAGCCGUAGCAGCUUUCCUGUGGUGGCCCACAUCCAUGGUGGAGCUUUUAUGUUCGGCGGAGCCACACAUGAUGGACACGAGACUGUAAUGAGGGAAGGCAGAUUCAUUCUUGUUAAGAUUACCUACCGUUUGGGGCCACUAGGCUUCGUUAGCACUGGUGAUACUCACUUACCCGGAAACUACGGCCUCAAAGAUCAGCGACUGGCCCUCCAAUGGAUCAGGAAAAAUAUAGAUAGUUUUGGUGGUGAGCCGGAGAACGUUUUGUUGAUUGGUCACUCCGCUGGUGCUGCUCUUGUUCACCUGCAACUGCUGCAGGAGGAUUUCGACCAGUUGGCCAGAUCAGCCAUAUCCUUUAGUGGCAACGCUUUAGAUCCCUGGGCAAUCCAGAAAGGAGCCCAUGAACGGGCCUUCGAACUAGGUCGCAUUCUGGGCUGUGGGCAGUCGAAAGAUCCGGUGGCUCUCAAGCAAUGCCUAAAAUCCAAGCCUGCUAGCGAAAUAGUCACCGCUGUGAAGAACUUCCUUAUAUUUUCCUACGUGCCCUUUGCUCCAUUCGGACCUGUGGUAGAACCCUCAGAUGCCCCUGGUGCCUUUCUCACCCAGUCUCCAGAAGAAGUUAUCAAAAGCGGAAAGUCUGGACAGGUGCCUUGGCUAGUAUCCUAUUUAACCGAAGAUGGUGGGUACAAUGCCGCACUACUUUUGGAGGAAUCUUAUCCUGGAGGGCCCACCUGGAUUGAGAAACUCAAUGAUAGAUGGUUGGACUGGGCUCCAUACUUGUUAUUCUAUAAGAAUUCGGAAAAAACUAUUCAGGAAAUAGAUGACUACUCCAGUAAACUGAAAGAGGAGUACCUAGGAGAUCGGCGGUUCAGCGUAGAAACUUAUUUGGACUUGCAGAGAAUGUUCACGGAUGUCCUUUUCAAGAACAGUACACUGGAUAGUCUUGAUCUCUACCGAAGGUUUGGAAAAAGUCCUGUGUAUGCUUAUAUGUAUGAUAAUCCAGCUGAAAAGGGAAUUGCCCAGGUCCUGACCAAGAACAGGGACGUGAACUUCGGAACGGUCCAUGGAGACGAUUAUUUCUUGAUUUUCGACGUCAUUAAUCAAGAUACCCAACGUCCAGAUGCGGAAAGGAUUUCAAAGAAUUUUAUUAAAUUGCUGGAGGACUUUGCUAUCGGCGACAAGGGGGUCUUGGCGUUUGGAGAUUGUACUUUUCAGGAUAAUGUAGGUAGUGCCGACUUCAAAUUAACAUCAAUAACCCGAAACGGAUGUGAGAACAAGCAGUUCUCACAAUUUCCCUAA